UAUGCCCGAGCUUUUUAUUUAUGAACACCAGUCCGCCCCCCCGGACCCUUCCAGGACGGCGUGACGGCGUCAAUGAAGUGUGAAGACGACAUGGGAAGCCCCAUGUGCCCGAGAUGACCGAUGAUUUGGUCCAAAUAAUCUCUCUUUUUGUGUCGCCAGAGAGGGAAACUUAAAGCCAGGCUUGUUUUUGGAGUUCCACCUCCCCUCCUCUCUCCCCGUAGGAUUUGAUUCAAAGGCGAAAACCAAGAUGGCCGCCGAUUCCGUGCAGGGGGAUGCCAGGGGCCAGCUGGUGGCAGAGCGACUGGGUCUGGGACACAACCUGGACUUGUCCGACACGAUGGUUCAACAGAAGCUCGAUGAGAUCAAGGAGCAGAUCCGACGGGAGAUCCGCAAGGAGCUGAAGAUCAAAGAAGGUGCCGAGAACCUCCGAAAGGUCACCACAGACAAGAAGAGCCUGGCCUAUGUUGACAACAUGCUGAAGAAAUCUAACAAGAAGGUUGAGGAGCUUCACCAGGACCUGCAAGAGCUUAACGCCCACAUCGUGGUCAAAGACCCGGAAGAACUUUUAGAAUGUCCGUUGACCCCCGAUACGCCCAACAGCGAGGCGAGAAUGUACACCAGCAGCAGCCGCCUGGCUGCCCUGAAAAGACAGAAUGACAUUGAGCUCAAGGUCAAACAGGGUGCAGAGAACAUGAUUCUGAUGUACUCCAACGGGCCCUCCAAGGAUCGUAAGAUGCUAGCGACCGCCCAGCAGAUGCUCCAGGACAGCAAGAUGAAGAUAGAGUUCAUCAGGAUGCAGAUCCUCAAGACCAGCCAGGCCAGCGAGCUGAACUUUGACAACAACGAUAUGAUGGACAAGCCCAUGAUCAGCCCGUUGGACCUUCGGGUGGAGGAGCUGUGUCACCACGCCAAGAUAGAGUCCGCCGUCGCCGAGGGAGCCAAGAACGUCAUGAAGCUCCUGGGCUCGGGAAAAGUCACAGAGAAGAGGGCCCAUUCAGAGGCCCAGGCUCGUUUUAAUGAGUCGAGUCAAAAGCUCGACCUCCUGCGGUAUUCCUUGGAGCAACGCCUCGACGAGUUGCCGAAGAACCACCCUCGCAGCAGCAGCAUCAUGGAAGAGCUGUCCCUGCUGUCCUCGCCGGUCCUCAGCCCCAGGUCCAGCAUCAUCUCCAUGCAGAACCAGUACAGCACCAUGACUAAGCCCGCGGCACUCACAGGCACAUUAGACGUCAGGCUCAUGGGCUGUCAGGACCUUCUGGAAGACGUCCCUGGCCGUUCCAAAGCUACGUCCGUCCCGCUGCCCGGCUGGAGCCCCAGCGAGACGCGCUCGUCCUUCAUCAGCCGAGCCAACCGAAACCGCGGCGUGAGCUCACGGAACCUGACGAAGAGCGAGGAGCUCUCCAGUGAGAUCAGCGCAGUAUUGAAGCUGGACAACACGGUCGUCGGCCAAACAAUCUGGAAGUCGAUCAGUAACCAGGCCUGGGACCAGAAGUUUACAUUGGAGCUGGACCGGUCCCGUGAGCUGGAGAUCUCGGUGUACUGGCGUGACUGGCGGUCGCUCUGUGCGGUCAAGUUCCUGCGACUGGAGGACUUCCUGGACAACCAGCGCCAUGGGAUGUGUCUGUACCUGGAGCCUCAGGGGAUGCUGUUUGCUGAGGUGACAUUUUUCAACCCCGUCAUUGAGCGACGGCCAAAGUUACAAAGACAAAAGAAGAUUUUCUCGAAGCAGCAAAGUAAAGCCUUCCUGCGAGCCCCUCAGAUGAACAUCAACAUCGCCACCUGGGGCCGCCUGGUGAGGAGGGCCAUACCGACCGCCAGCACCAACUCCUUCAGCCCGCAGGCGGCUGAGACCGGGACCAGCAGCCUGCCGGGCUCACCCACAGCCUCCGGUGACCUGCUUGUGACCAAGCUGGACUUUGACAAAGAGCCCACCCCGGGACCCAAACACUACCCGGCACCCGACGACAUCGGAGAGCCGCUGGUGCAAGACAAGAUGGCUGACAAAGAGGAGGAUGCACUCGCCUCUUUUGACUUCUUGAACAAGAGGAACAGCGCGCUGGUGAAGCCGGACCUGGACGGGUCGGUGGAGCAGGAGAUACAGCAUCCGGACCUGGAGCUGACAGCCAUUCAGAAAGACACGGACAUAAGGGAAGAGGAGCAGUUCCACUUCAGUCUCAAAGACUUCAAAUGUGUGGCGGUCCUCGGACGUGGGCACUUUGGAAAGGUGUUGUUGGCAGAAUAUAAGAGCACAGGGGAGAUGUUUGCCAUCAAAGCGCUGAAGAAAGGAGACAUUGUGGCUCGCGAUGAGGUGGACAGUCUGAUGUGCGAGAAGAGGAUUUUCGAAGCGGUCAACAGCGUCCGCCACCCGUUCCUGGUCAACCUGUUUGCGUGUUUCCAGACGCAGGAGCACGUCUGUUUCGUCAUGGAGUACGCAGCGGGCGGCGACCUGAUGAUGCACAUCCACGCUGACGUUUUCUCCGAGCCCAGAGCCAUAUUUUAUGCGGCCUGUGUCCUAUUGGGAUUACAGUUCUUACAUGACCAUAAGAUUGUGUACAGAGAUCUGAAGCUGGAUAACCUGCUCCUGGACACGGAGGGCUACGUAAAGAUUGCUGACUUUGGGCUUUGCAAAGAAGGAAUGGGUUUCAAGGACCGCACCAGCACGUUUUGUGGCACGCCAGAGUUCCUCGCUCCAGAGGUUUUGACUGAAACAUCGUACACUCGCGCUGUGGACUGGUGGGGGCUGGGCGUCCUCAUCUUUGAGAUGCUGGUUGGGGAGUCGCCCUUCCCCGGUGACGAUGAGGAGGAGGUGUUUGACAGCAUCGUCAACGAUGAAGUCCGCUACCCACGGUUCCUCUCCACCGAGGCCAUCUCCAUCAUGAGGAGGCUCUUGAGAAGGAAUCCAGAAAGACGACUGGGAGCCGGAGAUAAGGACGCGGAGGAGGUGAAGAAACAUCUAUUCUUCAGGAACAUGGAUUGGACCGGACUUUUGGCAAAAAAGGUGAAGCCGCCGUUCGUGCCGACGAUCCAGGGCGCCAACGAUGUCAGCAACUUCGACGAUGAAUUUACCUCCGAGGCGCCGAUCUUAACCCCGCCCCGGGAACCCCGAGCGCUGAACUCCGACGAGCAGACCAUGUUCUCUGACUUUGAUUACAUCGCUGACUGGUGUUAGCUUCCCGUCUACAACACACACACACACACACACUCACACACUGUGAACCAACCAACACAGCAAUGACUGUAGCUCACAUCAUUUUAAAAACUUUCCUCGUCCUUGCCCAAACUGUUGAGGAGCAACGAGCGCGGCGGCUCCCCGAGCCUUUCGGGCAAAACUUUGUGCCAUUGAGAAGAAAGUCCAGACGCCUCCAGAGGACCCCCACUUAUUUUUUAAUCCACAUGAAGAACGUUUUUUUUAAGAAAAGAAAAGAAAACAAAUGAAACUGUUGUCGGAGGGCGAGCGAGGGCGAACGCUUCGUCCUCCUGCACUUCGUGUCCGUUGUCUGACCACUGAGAAUGUUUUUCAUAUGAACUCUGAGAAGAGGCCAACGUCACAUUCAUGUUAUUCGGUGUCCCUGUCGUCAGUUUCUUUUGAUCUGUACAGAUUAUAUUCAGUCGUAUAUUUUUAUUUUUGUGUGUUUUCCGUUCUUUCCUCGCAAAGCCCUCGCCGUAGUUUAAGGACAUUUAAUCUGACUCUAAAGUUUGACAUUUCUGCCAGGGGUCCAGAGAACUUGAAGUGCUCAAAGCAUCGUCACCGAGCGGUCAGACAUCUCGACUACUACUGCUGCGUCUUGAACUCCAAGAGCGGCUCUCAGCUCGCCGUCUUCUGGUCUCGGGGCUCGACCGUUGUCUGUUCUCACACUUUGCUUCCAGGUCUGCAUACAAGAACCCAUAUAAUAAUAAUAAUGCUCUUUAGUAUCAAACAGUAGUCCAUCCAGUGUUGAAUGUGACCUACGCCGUUAAAUUUAACAUUACUAAUGUUGGAAAUUAGAUAAUUCAAAAUGCUCGGCCAGAAUAAAUGAUGCUAAAUAUUUAAUAUUCACUUCUGGCUAAUGCCCUCUAGUGGCUCUGUAGAUGUUCACUUGACCUCAGUGCUAAAGAUCCAAGUGCCGCUUUGUGUUGCAGUAUCUUUUGGAGCAAUAAAAUCAAACAAAGUUAAUUAUUUUAGAGAAGUUCAGAUGGAUAUCAAUUGUUUUCUAUUUUUGGGGGGGGAGGGGUUCAUUGCUACAUGAACAUCUGGUUGUGGUGAACCUGAAAGCAUUUUUCUUGUUACCUCAAAGUGAAAAGUGUUCUGCAGUUAAAAGCUAUCAAAACCAAAUCCAUCCUGUCCCUCUUGAAGCAGCAGGAAAACCGCGUGUGGUGGGAAUCUGACGGUGAACAAUAUGUAAGAUAUGCAGAAAUCCAUCAGGAAGCGCUGAGCUGUUAUUUGGCAACAUAAAAAUCAUCCAGGUGUCAUUGAACUGCUUCCCACUGUUCUGGGAUCAGUUACCGUCUUUAACCUAGCAGAGGGACCAGCUGAUGGCUUUUUGCCAAUUUGCAUGUUAUAUAUAUGAACUGACUUAAAUGUUGGAAAGAUGUUGAUGAAUCACUACAGGGGAGGGCAGGGUAUAUUAUAUAUACAUACUGUAUGUACACAAUUAAGCUGAAAGCACUAAUCUUAUCAAUAGUUUUAAUUAUCGACAUUUGUUAAUGAUGGAAUAGAUUGUACAAAGUUUUUAUUAUUUGCUUGUGCAUGUUGCCAGAACCGACGACUUUAUAGAUGGUACACGGAUACUCGAGUCACGCAACUGUUGCAGAUAACCCCGGUGUAAAAAAAGAAAAGGCAUUUCUGCUGUCAUCGUUGCCCUUCAUAAAUGCACAAAUUAAACAUUUGUAAUAGUG